AUGGCCAAUCCCAGAGCGAGUACCGCGGUCGCGGCAAACACCAUCGCCGCAGAAUUCGAAGACUGCAUGGAGACAUACCAAUCUCUUUGCUCUGCCAUGCAGGCCAAUGUGGCUGCAUGGUCAGGCACGACAUCUGCGGUAUGCGAGUAUCGCAAAACCUUGCAUCAGUGGGGAUAUAGAACUGGUGCAGCUACACGAGCUCUGGACUAUGCCCUCCACAAGAACUCCGACCUCCGGGAUGAGGUCCUUGAGCUUCUUGAAGGCUUCAAAGCGACUCUUCAGAGCACGUUGGAGCUUGUACAGAUCGCCGCUCUGCCCCUACUAAGUCCAGCGUUACUUGAUUACCCACAAACAUCCUACUUCGACAGAUCUCCUAACGACCGGACGGGGCUCGGGGCACGGCCUGUUUGCGAAGAUGAUUUACAACCCAAGCUCGAAGACAUAUGCCACACUCUGAGCCUUCUGGAACGAUUAUCCCCUACUCUGGGCAAUCCACCCCCCAUGGAUCUCUUCAACGCCGAUAUCCAUGAUAAUGGAACCGAGACAGAGAUCUAUCUCGCAAGAAGGAUGUUUCCCAAGGCAUCAGAUUUGCUGGCAUGCCGCCUCGGCAAAGCAAACUGGCAGCGUCGCCUGUUUCUCAGAUCACUGCGAGCUCGGUUGCGUAGGGAGAAGUCAUCGGCCCACCAGAUGGCUAUAACGCCUGGAAGCAACCGUCAAUUUCCCUUGAUAUUAUCUCAGAGAUUACCAACAGCUCAGAAUCAGUUCAAUUCGAAACUCCCUCCCUCUCAUCGUUCAAUUCUUGGCAGAAUCAAUAGCAGGAGAACGUCUACCAGUGAUUCAACGGCGAACACCAGUACAUUUUGGUCAAAAUCCGAGUCUCUGACUGCUGAGACAGCCACCUCGGUUGCAGAGUCUGAUGAUCGUGGAAAACCUAGUCAACUGACUGUGCCAGCUCCUCCAGUCGCUCUUGAGAAGGGCGCCACUUUUCGAUGUCAAUAUUGUUGCCUCGACAUUGUUGUGGGAGAAACCUGUGCGGAGCUACGUCGAAGAUGGCUUGAUCAGACCAAAGCUACCUGUGCGGAUGCUGGGAAUACACCAUUGAAGUCCGAGGCAAACCUUGAACUGCCCACUUCUCUCGAAGUCUCGACUAGUGCGGACUGGGUUGCGCAUGUGUUUGCAGACCUGGAGCCUUACAUCUGUACCUCGGAGCCAUGCUUUCAUGCGACAAAAACUUACGGAUCCAUUGCUGAUUGGCUGAAGCAUGAGCUUUCCGUCCACAGAUUAGCCAGAAUCUGGACUUGUCAGCUCUGCCAGGAAGACUUUGGGCACAGUGGAGCUUUUGAAGCUCACUUAGUAACCGCACAUCAAGUUCACCCUGAGCAAGCGCCGGCAUUGUCGAGCUUCUGCGAGAGAUUCACGGGGGAUCCCCCUGACCUUGAUUGCGCGCUCUGUGCAUUGAAAUGCACCAGUGUUGAUUCUUUUCGAACUCAUGUCGCUGGACAUCUAGAACAGCUGGCACUAUGCUCGAUCGAGCCGGAUGAGAAGGCAGAAGAGGAAAUACCCGCGUCCCCCAUCGACCAGGCGUCUCCUGCGGAUUAUGCUCGAUUGGAGGAGUUUGUCUUCUCUCAAUCACAGUAUUAUUCGCCGGAUGUAUUCCGAGAGCACGUUACAGACGCAGCCCAAAAACAGGUUUUUGGACAGAAUAUUAUCUCGCAGUGGUCAAGAAGUGAAGCAGGCAAGUCAACCAGGAUCGAAAAGUCGAAGCGUCCACCUAUGCAAGGUCGAGGGCCCUCUUACAGUUUCCUAUCCAACGCGAGAAAACAAAAGGCCAAAGAACUGGGCGCAGAGCAGGAACCACAAACGCCUCCCGUGGGAGCUUCCUCUACCCCUAGGGAGACCGUUCGAACAAAUCCACCUCCGAGAAAUGUUGACUUCGUUGGCCGCAUCGGUGAUCUGGACAACGUUCAUCGGGAGUUGUCAAGACCAGGAAACAUCUGUGUACUUAACGGAAUAGGUGGUUUGGGCAAGUCGGCUCUUGCAGCGGAGUAUACAUACAGGUUCGCGGUCGCUUAUUCGUAUAUCUUCUGGGUAGAGGCUGAAACGCCCAUGAUUUGUGCCGAUACUUUUGCUCAGAUUUCAAUCACGACGGCCGCGCAGAAAGGAAUUCCACUGCCUUCUUUCGACGAGCAGAGACUUGUCGAUCUUAGUCAAGAAUUCUUGGAACAGACAACCGAUAGGUGGCUUCUAAUUUUCGACAAUGUCGACCAAAAGCUCGAUCUCCGUCGAUUUCUACCAAUUGAUAUGGCCAGGACAGCCGGAUCAGUCUUGAUUACCACAAAUAAAGGCGACAUUGGACUGGCAAGCUCACCAUUCACCUUCACUCAGAUUAAUCUUGGGACGCUAACGUUGGAGGAAAGCCGACGGCUCCUUCUAUCAGCAACCCCUGGGCCGCAUCAUCAGGACGCGAAGUCACAUCCGGAAUACAGACUCGCAGGAGAGAUUGCGAAACGUGCUGACAGGCUACCGUUGGCAUUGUCCUUGAUCGCCGGAUACGUCAUGGUAUCACGCUGCACCUUGGCCGACUUUGUCGACCUGUGGAAUGAGAGGCGGAAGAAUAUUCGGACAUCAUUACAGUCUUCAAAGUGCCCUGUCUCGGAGACCGAUGAGGCAAUGGAGACACUGUGGGACAUCGGGCUUCGAGAAGUAACCAGCGACGCUCGAAAGCUGCUUAAUAUCCUUGCCUUCCUAGACCCUGACCACAUCCAGAAAGACUUGUUGGUUGGACCGCACGAAGAUCCCAUGCUUGAGUUGCUUCACGUCUCCGAAGCUGGCAGAUAUAGGCGUAUGACAAACGAGCUCAAAACACGCCGAUUGAUUGCGAUCGAGUUCAAAAACGGCGAAGAAGUUAUCAGCAUUCAUCGUAAAUUGCAGGCGAGAAUUCUACGAGACCUCGACAAGGACCCUUUUUCGCGCGGGGGCGUUUUCAAUCAGGUAUUUUCGCUUGUGCGUUCCCGCUUUCCCAGCGCCUCGCCAAUCCAGGUGCCUGAGCCAGAAAAGUGGCCGAUGUGUAAGAAAUACUUGCCCCAUGUUCUAAGUAUCCAGCGUCUAACGCUUGGAACUCUAAUUCACCUUCCGUUUACUGAAGAGCUAGCGAAACUCUUUUCUGACGGCGGCAUCGAUCUUUGGGAGCGAGGCUUAACCACAGAAGGACUGAAGCUCAUGAAAACUGCUGAGUCAAUACUGGACCUUCUAAAGGUUGAUAAGUUCCAGCUACUCCGUGCCGACAUUCAUGUUAUCAUUUCGCUGCUGCUGCAGGAUUCUGGCCUCGUACAUAUUGGCGAAUGCCACGACCGAAUCAAGACUGCCCUUGAUAUCCGCAGAGACUAUAGCGACAAUCGUGAAGCAUUGACCUAUACCAGAAAUGAUGAGGUUCUACUGUAUAAUGCUUGGUCAGACUACGCAUGCGUCCUUCUGCAAAUCAACAUGUUCGAAGAGGCCGAGUUCAUCUUCGAGAGAUGUUUCCGGCAGUACCAGGACUGGGGAAGCACAAACGUCAUUCCGUACGAGUACGCAAAAUACUACCACCAUGUGUCAUUCUGUCUUAUGUACCGUGGCUCCGCGGACGAAGCGGUGGCUAGUGCUGAGAAGGGUCUCGUCUACGUUGAGCAAGCCACUGGCAAAAGUGCAGCUUACUAUCGAUGGAAGUUCGACCUUGCGUGCUUGCUACUCCAGCAUCCCAAGUUCCUCGAAUCUAGUUCAUGGCAGUCGAGAACUGUUGACAUGCUCAAAGACAUCCUCGCUGCCCGACUUCUGCUCCAUGGCAAAUUCGCCUUUUUGACACUGGAGAGCUAUUACGCGCUCGGCGCUACCCUGUUCUAUCUCGGGAAUUUGCCAGAUGCUGAAAAUUGCCUGCGAACAAUACUGGAGAUAGAGAAGGUCCGACCAGGUUCAUGUAGCGAGGUUGCGCUUGCGAGGACCCAAUUUCUCCUCAGCGAAAUUCUUCUCUUAAUGGAGGAAGGCUCGCAGGCUUCGCAGCACCCGACCUCGAAGUCAGAGGCAGCUACCACCGCGGCAGCAGCAGCAGCAGCAGCAACGGAACAAGUACCAGCCAAGGAAGCAUCGGUAUCGGCACCGUCGGUGCAAGCAGAUCAAGCUCAACCGAAGGAAGCAUCAGUAUCAUCAGCACACCCACCACGGUGGACGGGUCAGCACCUUCCCACCUCCGGCAUGGUCUCAACACCUGCCGCUACAGCGGACCACCGCCUCGAAGAAGCAAAAGACCUCGCCCGCUCCGCCCAAAAGGCUCUCGAUAAACUCAAAUCACAGACUUCCGGACCCUUGGCGCAGCUAAACACAGACACGCAAUCAGCCGCAGCGAGGACGUUCGUAGAGGAGCAUCCAAUGGUGCUGUACGACCUAAUGCAGCCUGUGUUCGAUGGGAGAUUUGCGGGAAGGGAUGUGAUGGAGUACUUGAGGUUGAUCAAGAAGGAGGAGAAAAAGAAAGAGAAAGUCAAGGAUGAGCUUGGUCCCAUGGCGAAGCAGGUACUGGACAGCAUAGAGGAGCAGGAGAACGAAGAGAAGGAGGCCUCGCGUGAGACGAGACUUCCCGGGGCGAAAGCAAGGGAGUGA